AUCCCACUUCGCGGGGGGUGGCUUUUAUUUUGAAAUUAGCCUACCACAUGUCUUGAUGUAGCUUUUGACUUAGCGCAGUUCGCAGUUCAGUCUGGUGUUGUUGCACACUUUCAACAUGAGAGAGAAAUUAACGGGCAUCUGGGCUUGCAGUGAUUCUCAGCUGUGCUGGUUACUGCGAUGAAUGGUAACACUAUCCAUCAGGCACUGCCUACCACUUCCGCUGUGCACACCUGUGGCUGGAGGGAAUUCUGCGAGUCGCAUGCCAGUGCCACGGCCCGGGAGCUCGCCAAGCGCUACCGGCGCUUUGCCGGCGAGUCCACGGAGCAGGAUGUGGUCCCACCAGACAGCUUCUCGCGGCAGUUCAGUGACAUCUUCCAGCAGCACUUCUGCCUCGAGGUCGCCAAACAGAACCUCCUCGCCCCCCCGGCGCCGCAGAGCCCCGCCCCGCCGGCGCCUCCUCCCCCGCUCUCUCCCAGGCUGUCAGCCAUGACCGGCCGUCUCCGCAUCACCUCCUUCUCGGGCGUCCUGGACUACCGGGAGGCGGGGCGACCCGGGGGCUCUGGCCUGGUGGCGGUGCUCGGCCCGAAGCCGGAGUCGGAGGUGGGCAUGGCCCUGCAGCUGGAGCAGCCCCUGCGCUGCUGCGCCCCAGCCGACACUACGACAGCCCGCCCACGGAGGCACAGCCUCAGCCUUGGGCUCGGCCAGGAGCAGACGUCUGCGGAGCGCCGGCCCACCUCUGAACGGUACACCCCGCCUCCUCGCCACGCCCACGCCCACCCACCCACCGACGCCACGCACUUUUCCAGUCAGAUCCGCCAGAGCAUGCGGCGCAUCUUUAAAAAGCGGCCCCAGGCGGACGACCCCACCCCCACUGAGGGCUCGGGGGACGCUUCGAACAGACCGGGGGGGACCGCUCCCGGGCCCAUGGAAUGCCCUCUGACCCCUCCGGCUGUCCUCAACCUCACUCCGCAAGCCUCUCCCUCAGUGACCUCACACACCUCGACCUCGGCGUUCCUGGGUCGGCUGGCCAGCAAAUUGCGGGUGCCCAGCGUGCGGAAGCGGGCAGAGGUCAGGAGCACGUGCAAAGAGGGGCAGCUGAGAUACCUGCUGGUGGAGGACACUAUCUCUGACUCGCAGCCGCGCUGGCAGCGCUGCCGCCUGCUGGUGAGGAGGACCAACGAACGCCCAGCUCCGGAACGAUACCAGCUGGAACUCUACGACCCCCCCAAGGGCUCGAGUCCCAAGCUGACAACCCGUUGCUCAGAUAUCUUGGAGGUUCGGCGCUGCAAUCGUCUGGAGAUGCCUGACAAUGUCAACACGUUUGUUUUAAAGGUUAAUCACUAUCCAGGCAGUCUCAUAUUCGAGACAGAAAAUGACCAGCAGGUUAGCUCCUGGACUACAGAACUGAAAGAAUGUAUCAACCACAGGUCCGACAGUGUGGAUUUGGAGCUGCUAUCUCCCUCUGUGGGAGACUCCAGUACAGGAAUCAGGAGAGAAAGCUCCGAGUCUACAAGCCAGGGCUCUCCACCUUUCUCCCCACCGGAGCGGGUGUACCACAAGACGCAUCACUUCCUGUCGUCGUACCCCUGGUUCCAUGGGCCCAUCUCGCGGGUGAAAGCAGCCUACCUGGUGCAGAGCUCGGGCCUUGAGGGCCACGGCGUGUUCCUUGUGCGGCAGAGCGAGACGCGACGCGGGGACUACGUCCUCACUUUCAACUACCAGGGCAAGGCCAAGCACCUGCGUCUGUCGUUGACGGAGUGGGGUCAGUGUCGCGUGCAGCAUCUGCGCUUCCCCUCCGUCAUGGACAUGCUCAGUCACUUCCGCCUCUACCCCAUCCCCCUGGAGUGCGGGGCCGCCUGCGACGUCACGCUCUCCAGCUACGUGGUGGCCAGUGCCACCUCAGCAGGUCAGAAUUCCCCGGCAGUGCUGGUGCCCUUCUCCCUGCACCGCUGGAGCUCCGAACCCAGCCUGGCGCUGGGCAACCCGCCCAGCCGCUCCUGCCUCUCCCCCUCCGUCAACCCCUUCUCCUCCGCCCUAGCUCCUUUGGGGUCGGCCCCGCACCAUCGACCCCUCGCGCACCCUCAGCGCCCCCCUGCCCUUCCGGAACGGCCCGCCCCACCACCCCUCCGCCGGAGCGAGUCAGUGGGCCGCCGACCGAUGCUGCAACGCCACACCAACCCCCUUACCCCCCUCCUGCCCCAGAGGGACUCAGACUACGAACUGGAGCCCCCGGACAGGGGUCACAAGCGAGCCAUCGACAACCAGUACAUGUUUCUCUGACAGCGAGCCAUAGAAAGGCCUGCACAGCACUCCAUGUAGAUUCCUUUUUUUUUUUUUUCUCUUCCUCAGACCAGUGAACCCGCACAGAGAC